AUGAACCCGUUAAGAGAACUAGCCGAACACGGGCUAUAUUCUCCCCACUUUGAACAUGACAGUUGUGGAGUGGGCGUCGUCGCCAACAUCAAGGGCGGCCAGUCCCACCAGAUAAUCACGGAAUCCUUGCAGGUUCUGGUCAACCUGGGACACCGGGGCGCCUGCGGUUGCGACCCGGAGACCGGCGAUGGCGCAGGCAUUCUGAUGCAGAUGCCGCACACCUUCUUUCAAGAGAUCUGCCCAAGCCUGGGCAUCGACCUGCCCGAUCUGGGUGCCUACGGGGUCGGCAUGGUGUUUUUGCCACCGGACCCUGAAGCCCAGGUCAAGUGCGAGGACCUGAUAAACCGGUCCAUCGCAGCUGAAGGUCUCAAUCUGCUGGGAUGGCGUGAGGUGCCCGUAGAUCCGGACAAUCUGGGCCGUGACGCCCGCGCUGUCCAGCCUGCCAUACGCCAGGUAUUUGUCAGCGGAGGCGCCGAGACCACCGAUCCUGAUCAUCUCCAGCGCAAGCUGUACACCCUGCGCAAGGUCAUAGAAAGGUCAUUGCCCGACUGUGGCCUCAGCGACGAUGACGCCGACUACUUUUAUAUUUGCAGCCUUUCCAACAGCACCAUGGUUUAUAAGGGGCUGCUUAUGGCCCACCAGGUGGCCGACUUCUACCUGGACCUGAAAGACGAAUCGCUGGUCAGCGCCUUUGCGCUGGUCCAUUCCCGCUUCAGCACCAACACGCUGGGCCACUGGAAGCUGGCGCACCCCUACCGGUACCUGGCCCACAACGGGGAGAUUAACACCCUCCGCGGCAACUCGAACUGGAUGUACGCCCGCGAGUCCCAGUUCGAGUCCCCGAUGUUUGGGGCCGAUAUGGAGAAGAUUACCCCGAUAAUGACCCCCCGGGCCAGCGAUACAGCCGGUUUCGACAACGCCCUGGAAUUGCUUCUGAUAACCGGCCGGAGCCUCGACCACUCGAUGCUGAUGAUGAUUCCCGAGGCUUGGGAACAGCACGAGUCGAUGCCGCAGGAGAAAAAGGACUUUUACGAAUAUCACUCAUGCCUGAUGGAGCCAUGGGACGGCCCGGCAAUGAUUGUGGCCGCCAACGGCAAAGACAUCUGCGCCGUCCUGGACCGCAACGGUCUGCGCCCCUUCCGUUACACCGUGACCAAGGACGAUAAGCUGGUCAUGGCUUCCGAGACCGGUGUGCUGGAUAUCCCUGGCGAGAAUAUCCGGCAGCGGGGCCGCCUCCAGCCCGGCCGCAUGUUCCUGGUAAGCCUGGAUGAAGGACGAAUCAUCGGGGACGAAGAGCUGAAGCACGACUUGUCCCGCCGUCAUCCCUAUGGUGAAUGGCUGGCCGAGAACAAGGUUUCGCUGGAAGAUCUGGCAGAGGCUGAACCGGCCUCCCCGUUGCAGGGUAGUGAACUGGUCCAGCAGCAACGGGCUUUCGGCUACACCCUUGAAGAACUCCGCAUGUUGACCAUUCCAAUGGCCUCCACCGCCUACGAGGCGGUGGGUUCCAUGGGUAACGAUGCACCGCUGGCGGUACUAUCAGAGAAGAGUCAGCCUCUUUUCAACUAUUUCAAACAGUUGUUCGCCCAGCUCAAGACGCCCAUUAUCACCGACGAAGAACUGGCCAAGAUUCGCGACGUCAAUGUUGGCGAUGUCCGGGCCACUACUCUUUCCACCUUGUUCAACGCUCAGGGAGAAGGUUCCCUGAAGGAAGCCUUGGACCGGCUUUGCAACAAGGCUUCACAGGCUAUUAGCGACGGUUACAGCAUAAUCGUUCUGUCGGACCGGGGAGUUAAUGAGAAAAGCGCGCCCAUCCCCAGUUUGCUGGCCACUUCCGCUGUUCAUCACCAUCUGAUUCGCGAAGGCACCCGCACCAGGGUGGGAUUGGUUGUCGAGUCUGGUGAACCCCGUGAGGUACACCAUUUCUGCCUGCUUUUGGGUUAUGGCGCCGGCGCCAUCAACCCCUACCUUGCCCUGGCCACGACCCGGGAUCUGGCCGAGCGGGGCGAAUUAAACGGCACCAAGCCCGACUACGCUGUCAAGAACUACAUAAAGGCCAACGAGAAGGGCCUGCUCAAGGUAAUGUCCAAGAUGGGCAUUUCCACGGUGCAGAGCUACCGAGGCGCCCAGAUAUUUGAGGCGGUGGGCCUGAACCAGGAUUUCAUCGAUCGGUAUUUCACCUGGACCCCUUCCCGUGUCGAGGGAAUUGGCUUAGGGGUGGUUGAAGAGGAACAGCUGAACCGCCACCGGUUUGCAUUCCCUGAACAGGAGAUUGACGCAACGCUUGAUCUGGAUCCGGGUGGGACGUACCAAUGGCGGCGCCACGGCGAGGUUCACCAGUGGAAUCCGGACACCAUCGCCAAGCUGCAGUACGCCACUAAGGCCAAUAGCUGGGAUUCUUACCAGGAGUUUAGCCGGGCCGUUAACGACCAGAGCACACAGUUGGCCACCCUGCGCGGCCUGCUGGAGUUUAAGUCGGAUCGGGAAUCGGUGCCCUUGGACGAGGUGGAGCCUGCCAGGGACAUAGUCAAGAGGUUCGCCACCGGGGCGGCUUCCUUCGGAUCCAUCAGCAAAGAAGCACACGAAACCAUGGCUAUCGCCAUGAACCGUAUCGGCGCUCGCAGCAAUACUGGCGAGGGCGGUGAGGACUAUCAUCGCUACAUGCCGGACGAAAACGGGGAUUCACGCAAUAGCGCCAUCAAGCAGAUAAAGAUGGCUCAGGGCUCCAAGCCGGGCGAAGGUGGACAGCUGCCCGGCCACAAAGUGGACGAGGUAAUCGGCUGGGUACGGAACACUAUGCCAGGGGUCGAGUUGAUCUCGCCGCCACCACAUCACGACAUUUAUUCCAUCGAGGACCUGGCGCAACUAAUCCACGAUUUGAAGAACAUCAACCCAGAGUCUCGCAUCCACGUAAAGCUGGUAGCUGAGGUCGGCGUAGGUACUAUCGCCGCCGGUGUGUCAAAGGGCCACGGCGAUGUAGUAUUGAUCAGCGGCCACGACGGUGGGACUGGGGCGUCCCCCGAGUCUUCCAUCAAGCACGCGGGGCUUCCCUGGGAGCUUGGACUGGCCGAAACCCAACAGGUGCUGGUGGCUAACGACUUGCGCAGCCGCAUAGUAGUGCAGACCGACGGCCAGCUUAAAACCGGCCGCGACGCCGCCAUAGCCUUCCUGCUCGGCGCAGAUGAGAUCGGUUUUGCCACCGCACCCCUGAUUGUCAGCGGCUGUAUCAUGCUGCGCAAGUGCCACCUGAAUACCUGCUCGGUAGGCAUUGCUACCCAGGAUCCUGAGUUGCGCAAGCGGUUCGCCGGAAAGCCCGAGUACGUUAUCAAUUACUUCUUUUUCGUAGCCGAAGAGUUGCGGGAAAUUAUGGCCCAGCUAGGUUUCCGUACUGUCGAGGAUAUGAUAGGGCGCGUGGAAAUCCUGGAAGCCAAUACCGACGUUCAACAGUGGAAAGCCAGGGGCCUUGACUUCGAUAAGCUGCUUUACCGGCACCCAAAGUGUGACGAAGUAACGAUUUAUCAAUGCGACGUGCAGGACCACGGACUGGAACUCGCCCUGGACCACCAAUUGAUUAAGCAGGCCACUCCGGCAAUUGACCUAGGGGAGGCAGUUACAAUCGACCUGCCCAUCCGAAACUCGAAUCGCACCGUCGGGGCCAUGCUUAGCGGACGGAUUGCCAAGAAGUACGGCGAGGACGGCCUCCCUUCAGGAACCGUCAAGAUUAACCUGACCGGUUCGGCAGGGCAGAGCUUUGGCGCGUUUCUGGCCAAGGGCGUAGACAUCCGGCUGGCCGGCGAUACCAACGACUAUAUGGGGAAGGGCAUGAACGGCGGCAAGAUUGUCGUCGUACCCCCGCCGGGCUCAGACUUUGUGCCCGAAGAUAACAUCAUCAUCGGAAACGUCGCGCUCUACGGCGCCACCGGCGGACAGGCCUUUAUACGCGGCAUGGGUGGCGAGCGGUUCUGUGUCCGCAACAGCGGAGUGCAGGCAGUAAUUGAGGGCAUCGGCGACCACGGCUGCGAGUAUAUGACCGGUGGCGUAGCCGUGAUCCUUGGUCCCACCGGCCGCAACUUUGCCGCGGGCAUGAGCGGCGGCGUAGCCUUCGUAUACGACGCAAGCGGCGAUUUCGCCAACCACUUCAACGACGGUAUGGCCGACCUCGAAGAUGUUGCAGAGUCUGAGGACAUCGUCCUGCUCCGCCAUUUAAUUGAAGCCCACCUUGAAAACACCGGCAGCACUCCGGCAAGCCAGGUCCUGUCUGACUGGGACCGGUCACUGACCAAGUUCAAGAAGGUCAUGCCUCGGGACUAUCGCCGGGUACUUGAAGAACGUAAGAAAGCCGCAGAACUGGAAGUAGCUAUUAAUGGGUAA